UUUUUAGCUCGUCGUUUAAGUAAUGGUUGUGAAUUACCAUUUGAAUUUUAUGACAUUGCAUUUUUAGUAUCUCAACUUCGAACAUUAAAUCGUCGUAUAAGUCAAUGUUUAAUAAAUCUUCCAUGGCCUUAUAUUAGAAAUUUACCUUCAUUUUUCUAUCGUAUUUAUGUUCCUAGUUUUGAUAAUUCUUCAUCGAUUAGUAAUUCGACUUUAUAUAAUUUAUAA